AUGUCCUCCCAGCCAAGCUCAAGCAAGGAGGCAAUGGCUGUCAACCCACUGCCGCCUCCUAAACCCCCAGAGAAAUUGGCGCUCCAUCUCCAAGGCGGAAAGGUCAUCUUCUUCACACUGAACACCCUCUUCGACCGCGACCACGCGACUGAGCGUGGUCUUGAGAAGUGCAGGCAGCUCAACCCGGACCUUCGGAACAAACCCAUGGAAGAGCUCAAACGGGGCUACCAUGCUGCCAUGACUGCGGCGUACCGACAGCUCCUCCACCGCCAGAUCCAUGGGUCAGGUCCGCGCGGCAUUCAACCCAACAGCAUUCCACAGGUUUCGAUUGAUAAAGUCGGAAUGAUUUUUCAACAGCUUGAUCUUAAUCUGCCGCCGGCGAGUGAGCGGCAACUGAUCGGCCGCGAGUUUGCUGGUGAAUUCAGCCGCAACCGGUUCGAAGUUCGCGGCGCUUCUCGGUAUUUGGGGGAGUUGAAGCAGCUCAAGUACGCGAUUGUUGUUGUCGACGAUGUUGUUGAGUGGGAUGUUGUGAAGGAUCUCAAUUUCUGGCACUACAUCGAUGCUUUGAUAACUCCGGCAGAUCCAACAGUGCGCAAGCCAGACGCUCGCGUGUUUCAAAAGGCCCUGGAUGUAUGCCGAGUCUCUCCGAAGAAUGCUGUCAUCGUUGGCGCUGCGUUGGAUGAUGAUAUUGUUGGUAUCAUGGAGGUUGACGCAGAGCCAAUUUUGUACAAGCCAAGUCAUAAUUACGCUCUUGUGGAAGUUAAGGGCAUGCGUGUUCUGGUUGUUCGCACCAUGGCUGAGCUUGUGUCGGAGAUAAAAAGCCGACCGGAAAAACGAGGUCUCGUACAGUAUCAACAACAACAGCUACUUCCUGUACCAGCUCACCCACCAAUGGUCUACGCACCCCAGGACCAGGGAUUUCAGCAUGAUCGGAACAGUGGACCCUCAGGCCAAUAUUCCCAUAGAGUUCCAAGCCAAUCACAACAUCCAUCUUCCGAUCCGAAGGCUGGCUACCUAGAUAGGCAUGUGAAUCAACCUCGAGAGCGAUCUCGACCUUCACCCCCACUAUCGGAGCCAGAAUCGAGCGAUAAGACUCCACGAAGUCACGGGCUGCCAAAGGCCCAGGAUCGUGACCACUCGAUUAGAGAUUUUGAAAGGGAUGUACGUCCGGCACCUCCUGCGAACCGUGUACCCUCGAAGCGCCGUCAUGAUGAAUCUGUGGUUCAAGGUACUACUCUACCCACAACCCCUCAGGUACCACCUCGCCACGACCAGGGGUACCUCAAUUACGCUGCAAUGGGAGAGUACAACUGUCCUGCGCGUGGAUCAUUUCACGGUGCGUCGACACAGGGGCGUCGUCCCCCUUCCCCAAAGCCGGCCACGGUAUUCGGGAGUACCAAUGACCACCGUUCCCCUGGAAUCCAUUCUACAAGUCACCCGUCCAUGUAUCGACCGCGGAGCCCUUCCCCACCUCGAUGGCUACCUCGGAUUACACCUUAUCCGCUCACCGAAGACUAUGGGAUUUCCAGCCCGCACGACGCCGGGUAUCAGGAUCAGCAGCGCUCUUGGCAUUCUGGACGUGACUAUGAGGUCUUGGGCAGGACUUACCCUACCCGAGAUCAAUAUCAAGCUGGAACUGCAAGUUCGUAUCAAACUUCGCAUGAGCCUCGAUCGAGAACCCUGUCUCAGCAAAUCGGACCAUCGCCUGGUGUAUUUGACAGGCCUUGGACAGAUGGGUCCGCAAGAAGGACUGCGUCAAUGAGUGAGGGAGAUGCUCAAAGGCCUUGGGAAACCAGAAAUGCUGGGCCAUUGAGUGAAAGGACACGGGAACGUGCGGAUGAGCGCCAGCUUCCACGUCCAGAGGAGCGCAGUAUGCAUCCGUAUCGUCGAGAAGUAAUCGACUUGACUUCUGUUGGUAGAAAUGGACAGCCCUCUGAUCCGGCACAUGCAUUCACUGCUGCAGGUCCAUUCGUUCCUUACCAUCCAUUUCGCCUACCCAGUCAUGGAUAUUCAAACGGAACUCACCUUGAGCCUCGGGGCACAAUUCGACCUCAAGCUGCAGAACAGCACGAAGCUGGCCCUUCUAACCAACAGCCCUCGUCUUCAAGAAAUGAAGAGACAGUAGCUCGUGGCGGACGUCGGGCCGAGAUGUCACUGAGUCGCAUCAUGUGUUCCGGAUCACAGACUCAGUUCCUAGAUGACUCAUCCCCUGGACAUUCGGGCCAUAAUCGGAGCACAGUUCCAGAUCUAAGCGGCCUCGCUCAAAGUGCUCUUGACCUCAGCCGAGAAACUCCACGAGUUGAUUCGGCUUCCAAGGAUGUCGGUGAACAACCCGAGGCUGCUGAAUACCAGGGGCGACAGUAG